AUGAAGCGCUUUCUGAACCUGCUGAUCUACGCUGCGUGUUUCAGUGGCCUCAUUAUGCAGGUGUCGAACUUGGUCGCGACAUACCUCGAGAGGCGAACUCAAGUCAGUCAGACCGAGGUGCCGAAGAGAGACCUGCAAUUUCCCGCCGUAACCAUCUGCGUGGAUUUUUGGACGAGCAAAGCGAAAUUGUGCGAAAUCCACAGGAACAACUGCUCGAAGCGCUCCAUGUCCAUCAUGACUGUUAUGUACCUACAGAACAUAAAUGCCGAACUCAGGAAUGUAUCGGCCUUCGAUCCUGAGGAUCUAUUCUCCUGCCGACUCAAAGGUACGGGCUCGUGUGGCAUCGACGUCAACUGUGCGGACGCCAUCAGAAUGACAUCGUUCCGGAGACCUCUACAAAUGUGUUACACUUUGGAUUUGACCAGAAAGCCGCAGUACGCUUGUGACGAGCCGUGGUCUCUAGAGGUCAGUCUGGGGACCGCUGUCAAGCCUCGGGACACGAUAAUUUUCAUGCGUUCGCAGAGCGUUCCGGUGAUUCUGGUCGAAGCGGGAAUCGCUCCGCUGCUCGAAAUUCCCUCCGUCUCUUUGCGCCCGGGCUAUUCUCACGAGGUCGCGAUUCGACAACAGAAGAUCAAGAGAUUACCAGCCCCGUUCGAGUCCGACUGCGUUGAAUACGAACCGAUGGGCUACCAGGCGGACAUGAACGGGAGACACUCGAUGGAGUCAUGCGUCCAACAAUGUCUGUAUCAGCAGGAAUUCGCUCUCUGCGGCUGCAUAACAUACACGCACGAGUUCGUCGGUUCCAUCGGACUCCCGGUUUGCCUGAACGCAACCCGAGGUUUCGAGUACUGCAAGCAACUGAUAAUAGGAGGGCCCGGCUACAGAGCGUGCUACGCGAAAUGCCGCGUACCGUGCAGGGAAAUACGGUACGACGUGAAACUCGCGAGGAUAGCUCCGAUACCGGACAUUGAAGCCGCAGAAAAAGAAACGAACUUUCGCGUGAAAUUUCGGUUUUCAACGUUCAACGUCGAGGUCCUUGAAGUCAGUCCUCUGAUCAACUUCCAGACGCUCAUGGCGUACAUGGGGGCGACUUUCGGAGUUUGGAUCGGCCUCUCGUUGAUCGAUAUUCUGAGCUGGUUAGCUCGUAGAGGUCUCCCCAUACCAUUCUCCAUCUCAUUGAUUAAGGGCGGUAUCUUCAUUCCGGAUGAGCAACAUCCGAUCCUCCCGAAAGCGGCGCCUUGA